UCAAGAUGAAAGCGAGAAAGAGACAGCGCGGUGAUAGUGUUAUUUAUCUCUUUCUCAGAACGUCAAUACUUUUGACAAUAGCGCCCUCUUUUCUUUCUUUCACGUCGUGAGAUCCAGCAAAAAUGUCGACAAAAGUAUCGCGUGACACGCUCUAUGAGUGCGUUAAUGCCGUAUUGGCGAGCUCGAAGGAGAAGAAACGUGGCUUCCUCGAGACUGUGGAGCUCCAAAUUGGUCUGAAGAACUACGAUCCGCAGAAGGAUAAGCGUUUCUCCGGCACUGUCAAGCUAAAGCACAUCCCCCGGCCAAAGAUGCAGGUGUGCAUUCUGGGUGAUCAGCAGCACUGUGACGAGGCAAAGGCCAAUGAAGUCCCCUUCAUGGAUGCCGAGGCACUGAAGAAGUUGAACAAGAACAAGAAGUUGGUGAAGAAACUCGCCAAGAAGUACGAUGCCUUCCUCGCAUCGGAAUCCCUCAUCAAGCAGAUCCCACGUCUCUUGGGUCCCGGUCUCAACAAGGCCGGCAAGUUCCCUGGUCUCCUCUCCCACACGGAGUCCAUGACGCAGAAGAUUGACGAAGUGAAGGCCACCAUUAAGUUCCAAAUGAAGAAGGUGCUGUGCCUCUCAGUGGCCGUGGGGCACGUUAACAUGCCCGUGGAUGAGCUUGUGCAGAACAUCCAUCUCGCCAUCAAUUUCCUCGUGUCGCUGCUGAAGAAGCACUGGCAGAAUGUGCGAUCUCUCCACAUCAAGUCCACCAUGGGACCCCCACAGCGACUCUACUAAGCAAAUAUUUGCUUAUUUUAUUUUUUUUGCUAUUUGAAUGGCAAUAAAAGAAAGUCCACAGGAAA